AAAAAGAUGCAUUAUAGACGGAAAAAUCAGGGCUAAAAAAGAUGUCUUUCAGAAAUGUCUAAAAGAUGUCUUUUAGAGCUCUUUGUGCCGGCUGGGUGUGAUGCCAACUGAGAGGGAAUGUAUUUGUUGCCAAGAACUCAAUGAGAUAAAAUAUGCUCAUUUGAAUGGUCUUACAGAUAUGCAGCAUACCGCCAGUUUUGUUGGUUCAUUCACACAAGAUUGGGAAUAGGUGUACAUCAUGUCAUACCCUCUUGUGUUGUGGAAAGGAUACGUCAAUAGUACCCUAGUCUUGAUGGAAGAUAUGUUGGUUUCUGCAAAGAAGCGGAAGUUCAAAGGUGGAUUGUUCUUGGAGAGGAGACGAGGAAAACUAAUAGUUUUGGCAAAAAAAAUUAUGUUAAUCAAUUCACCUUUAUAAUAUCUAUGCAUUGAUAAAUUUUAAAUACACAUCCCUUAACAGGUCUUAAAUUACUGAUGACAAAAAUGCCAAUUUUGCUAUUGCUUAAAUAUGACAUCAUAAUUAAUGCAGCAUAAUUAAAUCUAAAAUCCUUUAAAUGUGAAUCUCUUGAGAACGAAAAGAGCUUUUUAAAAAUUUUAAAAAGACUUGCUAACCAACUUUUUAAGCUCUAUAAUACAAGUCCAACAUCAUUUUAUACCUCGGGUUCCCUUUAAGUUAUAUAUAGAUUUUUUUAUAUUUUGGAGGUUAGAAUAUUAAUGGAAGCAGAAGGAGAAAUGAAGACAGAAUGUGAACAAGCUGAAGGAACAACAACCAUACAUGUCACACUGCAGCAAGCACUGACUCAAAAAGAAUCUGAAGUUCUUUCUCUUAUCAUUCAAAACGAAGAAACUGAGGUGUUAAGUGCACUAUGUGAACACACAGAUGGCAUAAUACCAGGAGAAGUAGCUAGUGAAUAUAUAGCAGAACAUAUCAAAGGUGAUAUAGCUGAGCCUCCUAGUGAAGUUGAGAAUAAAUUAAAAGACAAUGCAAACAUGGAAGAGGCUACAUUGGAAUUAAAUGCUGCAGAUGUUGCUUGGAUAUCCUUACUAACUAAAUUUGAAUAUGUUAACGAAGGCCGAAUCCGUGGUUAUGUAGAAGGGGAGAAGGCGUUUCUAUGUUUAUGGGAAAGCUUUCAGUCCUCAACUAUGACAUCAUUUUCUGUUAGAAGCAGUGACCGCUUUUAUAAAUUUGCAGAUAAUUCUGAGGAAGGUGCCGUGUUGGGCCGUAUUUUAAAGGGUACACCACGUUGGAGUAGGUUGCCACUGGUACCUUUUGAUGGUGUACCAUUUGUUACCGUAGAUAGAAAGUACUUUGGAUGCAGGUUGGGUGGGAUCGAGAGACGUAACAGUAGAAAAGGACAGUGUAAGUCUUCACGAAAUGGGCAAACUGUAAAAGUUGGCUGUCCAGCAGAAGCCGAAGUUUUGGAGAAUCUGUCAACAAGCGUUGGAAAGAUGCAAAUGAGCAAGAAAUGCAACGCAUAAUUGGGACCAAGCUGCGAAACACUCCCAGUCACAGGAUCAGAGACAUAAGGGGUACAUUAAAUGUAUAAAUAAACACAAAGGAAAAGCCCUUUCGACUUAACUCAUUUAUGAAUAGCAUAUAUACAUUUAAUCUUCUUUAUUAUUUCCAAUAUUUAUUUUGUUUAUUUUGGCCUUGCAAGCUUUAUGACGAAUUUCAACUACUAGUAAUUUUCACAGAAUUUUUAAAGUGAUUCUUUCCUAUGGCCUAAGCUUAACAUGCUUAAGAUUUUUUUGAUUAGAGUACCAAUUUAUGCUUUAAAUAGCAUGGUUUAUUUAAAAACUGACAUAGAAAUUAGUGUACAUCUCUACGCAUGGAUAAGUUAAUAGGUAGAAUUCAUAAUUUAGAUUAUUUUAAUAAUUAGAAUUUGUAAAUAUGAAUAUGAAUGAUUUUAUUGUAUAGUGUUUAUUAUAAAUAAUAUUUUUUUAUUUAUUUCUGGUUAUAUUUGCUUACUGUAAUGUAAAAUACUAGUCGUUAGCCGUGGAAAAAUCCACGGUUUUGUCCUUUGCAGCUAAGCUACCAUUUUGCAUGGCAGACAGACAGACGUACAGACGUAUACAGGCAUUAUAAUAUAGAUAAUAUUUUUUUAUUUAUUUCCGGUUAUAUUUGCUUACUGUAAUUGUAAAAUACUAGUCGUUAGCCCAUGUAAAAAUCCACGGGUUUGCCCGUCGCAGCUAAGCUACCAUUUUGCGUGACAGACAGACAGACAGACGGACAGACAUUUACGGCCAUUAUAACAUAGAUAUUUAUUGUUUAGAGUGUCAAUACGAAUUUCAUAUAAAAAGUUUAAAAUAUUUUAAUCGCAAAA